CAUACGUCCAUAGCGCAAUGAUUGCUCCAACAGCUCUUUGACAACCAAUUUGCAAAUAUUUACAAGAUUACUGCGCUCAAUUUCAGCCGUGUCGCGUGCUAGAAGGAAAUGUCGUUACAGGCCUUAAUAAGCGAAUUCUUGGAGCAUGGGAACUUAGCUGAUAAUUACGCGACCCGCUUGCAUGGGCCCCAAACCAAAAGAGCUACUACAGCUACAUGGCUAUAUGGCUUCGUCACGAAAACUUUCGAUCCGAAGCUUUUAGCUUCAAAACAGUGAAAACUCAAAAAAUAAUGAACAUUUAUGUACUGUUUUCGUUGCUAUUCUUUCUCGCACCCGGCGGCUGUCCCAUCUACAGUAUCGAUCUAUCCACACUGGAGGUACCAAACGAGUUUCAGAAUGAGUUAACGCUGCAAUCGAUGUUAAAUUCCGAAUUGCAACAGUCUAGAAAUAAUUUAAAUCGUAAUGCGAAAAUCAAUGAAGUGUCAGAGGUUCAAACUUUUCAGGCACCCAACCCCUUGGAGGAACAGGACGGCAAAAGUGAGUUGCGCAAAAGCAUUGAGGAGAAUAUCAAGGCUUCCAACUAUGAGGCGAACUUCCACGAAAUUCCAGAAACAGUGGACACGGAAGAGGCGAAGGAGAGGAUCAUGUCGUCGAUCUAUGACUCGAGCCUCCGUGAUCCGUUGGAGGAAGGAGAUACACAAGAUUCGGAAGAGCAGCCACUUGACCCAGACCAAUCAGCCAAGGUCUAUCGCAGUGCUAAAGAUCACGACGAUUUUUUAGGCACUAAUCUAUUUGGAAAUUAUCCCAAGAAAUGUUUUUCCACCGAGGACAUUGCACUAAUGUCGGCGCGCAAAGACUUCGAAGCGAUAAUCCCCAAAUCUUAUCCGCAAUGUUUGCUAAGUGACAGCGUCAUUUAUAUGCUGAUGAAGUACUUUAAUAGCAUCAAUCAGAUUGUGAAACGGAUGUCCGAUGAAGACACUAGACGACUGCUACAACGCGCCUUCUACGACACGAUGGGUGGGUAUUUGCGUUACUAUCUAAUACCCGUUGCCCAGGUGUCUUACUAUGCGGGUCGCCUCAAACUAUGCACUGUCGAGCGAUUGCUAGCGUUGUACGAACAGUGCAAGUUGGUGCUUAAUACAAAUGGAAAUGGUUGGAAGGCCCCCGCUUCCGACAUACUCAGCAUGCUUAGGAGUGUCAACAUUAAGCCUGUCAAGUUGGGCGAGUGCAAGGGCAGCGAAAAUGAUGCAGCCAGCUGUGCUAUGCUCGACCAGAUCUGUGGAACAAAGGACGCCCAGGACGAUCUAAUGAUUGUGUCGGUACCGCGACUCGAGCCGGAAGAUCGUCACGGCUAUCUGAGCAAUGUGUUUCUGCCCUUCAAGCAGCGACGUAUUUUUAAUCUUCAAGCGAAAAAUUCCGCAUUUAUUCUGGUGAAAUUCUUUCAAACUGUAACAAACUGCUAUCGAUUUCAGGGCAUGACCCAAAAGGUGUUUAACCUUAGAUUUCGAACAUGGAUCAGGGAGUGCGUUCAGAUGCACUACAAGGAUGAAAUGUUCUAUCCAGGUCUCGGAGGGGUGCUGCAAAUUAACGAAUAUCUAAGUUGUCCAAAGAAGAAGCCUCAGAGCAUAGAUGAGCAGGAGCCUGUAUCAACCGAAGAGGACUCGAAGGACUAUGAGGCCAGCAUGGAUGAUAUUGAAAACGAUGGCGAGAAAUGUCCGAAAGUGAAUAAUAAAGCAGACAAAAAGAACGUAAAGAACAACAUUGACAAAAAAAAUGUGGAUGCACAGCAGUCAAAAAAGAAAAGUCGCUCAGCUAAGCUCGAUCACGAAGUAUACGAAAAAGGCGCGCUUGAGGGCAAAAAAGAAAAACCGAGCGGCAAUGCGGAGGAGUGCAUUGAGUGUGACGAUGAGAAUUAUGUGGCCUACAUAGCUGCGUUUCUGGCACUGCUUCUAGUUCUACUACUCUUUUUGAUUUGCUGCUGCAUGCGGAUGGGGCGCAAGCACAAGGACGAUGGAAAACAUAAACGUAGAAGAGAGAGAGUGGAACCUAUGGCAACUAAGAGUACAUAUGAUGAGGAGUCAGCACCGAAACAACCUCCUCCUCCGGUACGUAGAGAGUCUCCGGCCAGCGAACCAGGUUGCUGUAGCACACUGUUUCGCAGUAGAAGGCAUAAAAACUCGGAUAGGAAUAAGAUGCAACGCACAGGAGAAGAAAGGACUCCUACUGGUAUGCGUUUUACAGACGAAGCUUAUGCUCGUCCUCUGAACGCUAACGAGCGAGAAAAAUUCCAAGCCUAUGAACGUUACACCGAUGGGUCAUUCACGUCUUCCUCAUCACUAACCUGCCAGUUUCCGAGAAAAUGCAUUCCCAUGCCGUUUCCCCGAGAAAAGCGACCUAUGUACUACUCAACGUCAGAGCGAAAGCGUCAAAAACCAAGAGCGCGCAGCAGUGUUUGGGAUAGGGAUUUAGCGGCGAAAAGGUUCGAGGAAAAUGAGAAGAUGAAACCAUGCCCAGUCAAUCAGUCAACCCCACCUGCAAGCCCACAAAAACCACAAAGCGGACAGACAAGUAAAGAUUUAGAUAAACAACGCUAUGAAGAGGCAAAGAAACGCCUGGAAGCGGAAAAUAGGCAGAAGAAAGCCGUGGAGAAAAAAUCCUUAGCAGCGAAACCCCCAGCGCCAACCAAGCCUAAAGAGGUAAAACAGUGUGAUACGACCGAUUCGAGCCGGGGAAGAGACAGAAAAGUCGGCGGAUGGGACGCACCGCGCGAAAGAGAUUUUAGAGGAAGAGAGAGUGAUAAUGAUAAUGCAGCUGACUCAAGUGUUUCAUCUGGACAUGGCAUACAGCACGGAUUGAUAGCAAUUGCUGCAGGAUUAGCUGCUAACUGUCGUUCAAUGAGUCAAGAAAAGACAAGCGAAGAGGCAAGCAGCGAACUAUCUGAGCUAAAGCUAUAUUCCAAGCCGAUUCCAUUAACUUUACAAUCAACGAAAAAUUCAGCUAGUUGGCAAACCACCUUUGAUGAUGAAAGCUGAGUAACAAAUUUUCACUAUUUAAUAUCUAUCUAACAUUGUAUACUCCUUGAGUUGACGUUCAAUAUUUACCCCUGUUUAGAACUAUAUUUCAUGCUUAAUAAAGUUCAUUGUAUUUUUGAGUUGAAACAUUCCAGCCUAUCUCAAUUAGUCCAAGUGCCUGUCGCAUACUAAAGACAAGAGCUGACCUCGUUCUCUGAAUACACUUCAAGUGGUUUGGACAAAACCCCACCGACAUCGACUAGCCUGGGCCACAACAGCUCGAGCGGAAGUGCAACAGAAGAGUGUAAUAAUGCAUUAACGUGCCAAAUUAGUAUAAUCAAUGUGUAUAAAACUAAAGAACAUACAAAGAAGAAGAAAAGCAAGGAAGGCUU